CGCCCCCGAGGCGGGGCCUGGACUCCCUUGGGCUCCCCAGCCAAGUUCAGCAGCUCAGACUGGCCGCCCUGCAGCUGGUACCCGCCGGCCUCGCUGAAGCUGCUCAGAGCCCAGGGCUUGUGCUGAGUACCGUGGUAAGAACCAUGACCUGAUCACAGAUGUGUUCUUCAACAGAUAUUUACCAAGAUCUGGAAAGAAAGAAGAACAUGGAGUGAGUGGCUCUGAACCAUUUUGUUCAAUUUGUGCCUUGUGGACACGAGAGUGAACAGAGCCAAGAAUGAUAAGAAAAGCCUUUUGGUGGAGCAGAUACAAUGAUGGAGUGAUGCGCACCCAUAAAGAGUGUCAGGAUGGAGAGCCCGGGAUGAACUGAGGCCAUUGAGGACAGCCCAGGACAACAAAGAGUCUUUUCAUAUGAGGUUUGGGAUGAUGGCAUCAAUGGGACAUGAUCUCUAACUCAAAAUCUGGCAUUCUCCAGAUUCACAGUGGUGUCAAAAGCUGCCCUGUGGAGUUGAGCAAAAAUGACAUGGGAGAGGUUGGCAAAAAACGUUGAGUUGAGAAACACAACGCACCACAAUUUUUUGUGUGAAAAUUAAAUGAAAUCAAAUGCAAGGAACUGCUGGUCUAUACACACUUAAAUAGAAGAUUAUCACCACUUUUCUUUUUAUGUAAUGGAGCAUCCUGGUGACCAACUUUCUGCCCUGCAUGCCCCUCAGAAGAGGGCAGUCAUAUCUGCUUGCAUGCCACUGAAAGUUCUGGCUCCUGGGAUGAGCUGUCUCUGCUUGAAAAAUGCUGCCUGGACCAUGAAGGUGGCAUUAUAGGGUCUCUGCAGAGAUGACCCUGCUCCUACUUCACAGACAUCAAAGGAAGGCCAGGAAAAGUGGGUUUGUCUGGUGUCAGCCUACAGGGGACCACCUCACUGUUGCUCUCCUUUUCUGCAGUGGUCAAAUGCAUCCAGUCCGGGCUUCACUGGGGACUUUCUGAUCACAUAACUCCUCCUUGAGCUAGGGAUCAGUCCUUUGGAACUCCAAAGCCCUAUAGACUAAUGGUCACUGGAACAUCCACCUUGCUUAGCCUGUCAGGCCCCUCUGAUCACAUGGCUGAAGAAAAAGCAGCUUCUUUGAGUCCUUCAGUUGACAAAAGAUGGAGACUCAGGGGACCUAAGCAGAUUCAGGCAGGACUACUCAAGAAAGCAAGCCUCCUGGUCUCUGGAGCUGCUGCAGGGAAGGGUGGCCAAGAUCUGGCCCAUUCUGAACUGAGCCUAUCAACAGCACUGGACAAGGCUGGACUGGACAGGCCUCUGGGCUACAAGGCCUGCACAGAGCAGAGGCAGGGUUCCUUCACAGAGCUGUCCUGUCUCCAGGAGAGCUCAGGUGACAUGCAAGCCCUGAAGAGGAAGCCAGAGAACCCAGAAGGCCAGCUUGGCACUCAGCAGCUGCCCCCAGAUCUCCCCGGAGCCUCGGCCGAUGGCACAGAGUGCUCAGUUUGGCCGGGUGUGGCCCGGAGUGGGAAGAGAAGCGCUUUCAGGAGGCCAGCCUCGCGCCCUGUGGAGAAACCCACAUGCUCCCCCACGUUUCCAGACAGUGGAAAUGCAGAGGGCCCAUGGGAGCUCUCGGGACUCAUCACUACGGUGGAUAUCCCAUGUUGGGCUCAGCUGUCAGCUUUCAAGCUCACGGGAGAUUUCUGGAGAUUGCACAUGCUGUCCCAGAACAUUCUAUUCUGCAAUGCUUUCCACGGGGCUCCCACACCAUGGCUGGAUCACUCCCAGGUGCAAGCUUCCAUAUCUUCGACACCUUCCGCCACAGCCUGCCGGGUUCUCUUGCCACCCACACUCUCGUCCCCAGGCUUGCCCACUCAGAACUGGUGUGCAAAGUGUAACCUCGCCUUCCGUCUGACGGCUGACCUGGUCCUCCACAUGCGGUCCCACCACAAAAGAGAGCAUGGAGGCUCUGACCCACAUUCUAAGAAACGCAGAGAGGAAGUUCUCACUUGCCCCAUUUGCCAUGAGUACUUCCGGGAGCGCCACCAUCUUUCCAGACAUAUGACGUCACACAGUUAGUGGAUGGCUAAGGAGGAGCCCGAUGGCCAUAGUAUCCAUUGCUCAGUGGUGAGGCACAGGAGACUCCUGGCCUGCAUUGAGAAGGUGGUCACAGGUGUCUUCAAGGUUGUUCCCUUUGCUUCCCAGAGGUGAAUGGCUCAGUUAUAAUUUGUCAGAUAUCCCCCGGCUUUUGUGAUAUGUUUUCCUGGAAAGCCAUUCAUUGAAAUGGUGAGCUUCACUCAUGAGAUUAGGGAAUAAGGGGACCCAUGACCUGGGGUGCAGGGCUGUUCCUGGCUCUGCUCCCAUUGCUCUACCUGGUGCACAUGGACACAACACCUUGGCUUUUCUGACCAGCAAGCCUGCAUUCCGUCUGGGCUCUUUCACUGCUGAGCUGCAGACUUGGAUCUGUUCCUUUAACUUGCCGACCCUUAGUUCUUUGUUUUAAAAUGGCGCAUUAGCAGAAUGUCAUCUGUCUUGAGGAAGGUGUCUGGGAAGUGGCCAGCUCGUUUCCUGGCAGGUUGUGAGCACUGAGCACAUGGAGCUCAUGGUCACUGCGUGCGUUGGUCAGCUACAUUACUUGUGGAAUCUCAGGGGUGAACGAGGACUGUGUUUCUCUGCCACGAGCCUGCAGCAAAGCUGAGGGUGAGCCUGACGUGGUAGACAUGCUCAGGCUGCAUUCCCUGUCCCUGCUGGGUCACACAGUGAAGCUAGAAACACCUGAUGGCAGCCAAAAUGCCAGCUCUGCCUGGGUCACAAGCGUAACCUCUGGAUCAGUGUAAAUCAAGGUCCAACGUGACCAAGUAGGAAAGUGGCCUGGCUGACUUCACAAUAAGGGAGUGGCUAGCAAUUCACCCGUCCUGUUCUCUGGGUCUUCGCACCGUGAAUAUGUGAGGAGAGGAAAACAGAAAUACAUCACUAAUUCAGCAUGAUUUCUGGGUCCAUCCUUCCUUGUGAUCCUGAGUUGGGCAGGCAAGAGCAACUGCAGGGCACUCAGAAUGAGGUCCCCAGGGGGCACUUUAUAUUUUCAUACGUCCCCACAACACUAUGGGACAAACUUGAAAAGGUUGAUGACUUCCCCAAGGCCACCACUCUGGUGUAUCGGUGGAAGAACAAAACCCUGUGGCCGCCAGAUGAGUUCUGUCUUUUCCAGCAUGCUGCAUGUCUGCUUAGCUAGCAUGGUCAUGGAGUACGGCAUGACUCCAGGAUUGGAACUUGAGUCUGGCCUAGUCUCUUCAUAUCCAGUUUCAACUUACUCUUGCUACUUGUGCACAAACAUAGACAUAUAAACACAUACAGACACAUACACAGAUACACACAGGCACACACACAC